CAAACGGCAGCAUUUUUGCUGCUUUAGCAGAGUCCAUCUGAUGCUCACAGGCAGACUAAACAUCAGAGUGGAAAAGGAGAGGCGGGAACAGAUUAGAUAACACUCCUCUUUCGAUGGCCCCAGCUUCUCUGCUUGGAAUAAUUCCCUCACAAUAUCGCUCGUGUGCUUCAGAGGCAAGAGCGAGCUCUGAACGUAACGCUCCUUCCAUCGACCCGUUUGAGCUGCACCUCCACCCCUUUCCUCCGGCUUUCCUUCCUUGAUGCUCCUCCCCCUCCCUCCUGCGCCCCCCUUCUUCACUCUCCAAACCCCUUGCUCCUUCUCGGCUUCGGAUGCCCUCCUCGCUUACAGUAUGGACUCGGGAGGGGAAGGAGAAGAAGGUUGGAUGGAGGACCAGUGGGAAAAAUGGUUGACUCACGACAUCAGUUUGGGUGAGUUUGAAGAUGACGACCUGUCAGAGAUUACCGAGAUCACCGACGAACGUGGGAUGAGCCUCAACUGCAAUGGCCCGGAUAUUAAGGGCCACGUGAGGCGAGGGACCAAUAGCAGGCCGGGGAGGGCGGAGCUCGGCGCCGUCGGACAGCUCCAGGCGGAGAUGCUGCAUUUGGAUCUCAUUGAUGGUGCUGACGGUUUCCGCGGUGAUAAAGAGUCCUCCAAGGCCUCCAUCGCACCUCCGCCAGUAACCAAGGACCCUACAGUACCUGUUACCAUGGAUACCUACCGGCCGAAGAGACCUACGACCCUUAACCUCUUUCCAAUUGUGCCCCGCACGCAGGACACGUUAAACAACAAUUCCUUUGGCAAGAAAUACACAUGGCAGGAUAAAGUUGCGGGCUCAUCUUCACCUCUCAAAACGGGUGAGCUAACGCCUCCGCGCGAACACAGCUGUCUGAGCGACGAGGACAAGGUACGCGGCGCCGCGCAGACCAAAGACCGAGGCACCUCCACCGACGCCCCCUGCGGGAACUCGCACGCACCCGGACGUUCACAGAGCUCCGCGUCGACGCGGCCAAAGUUUCAGGAGAAGCCGCCUGCGCCGCCACCGCCGCCGCAGAAUUACAAACCGGCUCCUCUCUAUCCGGCGGGAAAGUUGGAUGCGAGCGGCCAUCGGCAGGAGAGGCUGCAGUACCACUCGGAAGCUCCUUUGGAGCCCACAGAGGAGAUCUACCUGACCCCGGUGCCGCGCUGUUCCGACCCUUCGGAACCUGUUUGUACACAGGACCGGCCUUUCCUUUCGCAGCUGAGCGAGCAAGGUCGUAUGUCCAUUAGCUCCGAUACAGAAGGCCCGCCUCCUUACCAGCCGCUACCCGACCAGUCCAACUCGUCCAUCUACGAGGAGGACGAAGCCUACAUCGCGCCGCCUUCUUACGCAUCUUGCGUGGAAUCGCUCAUCACGCCGCCUAGCGUGGCUCUGUCAACUCAUCCUACCGCGGCGCUGGACUUUAGCCUCAAGGGGUCAGGAACGGGGGCAGGGGCAAUGCUGAGAACUGGCUCGUCAGUCGAGUACGUGGACGCCACGGACGAAAGCUACUGCGGGGAAGACGAGGAUGUGGAUCGGAUCAUCAUAAACGAAAGAAUAAAGAAAGUGGUCGCAAAGGUGAACGGGGGCAACGGCAGAGCCGCCCCGCUAAGGACUUCCAUGAGCUCAGACGCCAGCGGUUUGUCGUACGAUUCGGUCAAAUACACCUUGGUGGUGGACGAGCACGCUCAACUGGAACUUGUCAGUUUGAGACAGUGUUACCAAGGUUACAGCGACGACAGCGAUUCGGCCACCGUCUACGACAACUGCGUCUCGUCUCCCUACGAGUCGGCCAUCGGGGAAGAGUACGAGGAGGCGGACGAAGAGGAAGAUUGUGCACGUUUGGGGGGGGUCAGACGAGAGGCCACGGCUUGUCUGUCCGAAGACUCCACGCCGGACGUCGACUUGCAUUUCUCCAAGAAGUUCCUCAACGUCUUUAUGAACGGGCGAUCGAGCUCAUCGAGUGCUGAGUCUUUUGGUUUAUUUUCCUGCACCAUAAACGGAGAGGAGCAGGAUCAGAGCCACAGAGCUGUCUACAGGUUUGUCCCGAGGCACGAUGAUGAGUUAGAGCUGGAAGUGGACGAUCCAUUGCUGGUGGAGGUACAAGGGGAGGAUUACUGGUACGAGGGCUUCAACAUGAGAACGGGUGCCCGGGGGAUCUUCCCUGCUUAUUAUGCUAUCGAGGUGACCAAGGAGACCGAUAGCUUCAAAGCAAAGAGCAGUGAGUGGCUUGACCGGUACCGGCUAAAAUUCCUGGGCUCAGUCCAAGUGCCCUACCACAAAGGAAACGACGUUCUUUGUGCAGCUAUGCAGAAGAUUGCCACCAACAGAAGGAUGACAGUUAAGCACAACCCGCCUUCCUCCUGUAUUCUGGAAAUCAGUGUCAAGGGAAUCAAACUGGCCGUUCAUGAGGAUUAUUACUCCUGUGAUCGAAGUAACGAGUGCAGUCACUUUUUCCAAUUGAAGAAUGUCUCCUUCUGCGGUUAUCACCCCAAAAAUUGCAAAUAUUUUGGUUUCAUAACAAAGCACCCGGCAGACCAGAGAUUUGCCUGCCAUGUGUUUGUGUCCGAAGAUUCCACCAAAGCUGUGGCAGAGUCAGUAGGGAAAGCCUUUCAGCUGUAUUACAAAGAAUUCGUGGAGUUCUCAUGCCCCACAGAAGAUAUCUACUUGGAGUAGCCAAGUCCCGCCUUCAACCAGAGCCCUGUACAGCGCACUGUAUCAUAACAUGGUGUUGCAUGAAGGACACAUUUAGAAAAUAACAAAACAUCUGAGGAGCAAGCAGAAGAAAGGAAGAAGCCAAAGGAGUGCUUUCGAGGCAAGAAAUAUUAUGCAAAAUAAUAGUGGGGUGCACACACACGCACGCACACACACACACACA